AUGCUGGAAACUCCGAAUCUCGAACUAUCUCAUAGUGAACAGGAAUCUACCACUAGAGGUUCUGAAGAUGUUCAGGUUGACAGCCUGGCUACUGCUAAGUUGAUUCUUCGUCAUCAAGGACUGCAAGAAGACAGAGUUUCUCUUUUGCUUCAAUCAACUAGGCAUUCCGCUUCAAAAAUCUACUUUCGUAUCCGGGUCAGGUUUCUUCAUUGGUGUAAGGAACACCACUGCAGCGUGUUCAUCCAUCUCUAGACACCAUUCUUCACUUUUUCCAGGAUAGUUUUUUCUGCAGGUUUAGGUGUAUCUAGUUUAGAUUUCAGCCUUGAGUUUCUUCCUUAUUAGGAAUUUUGCAUCCCAUGUGCUGAUCAGAAGAUUCUUUAAGUCCAUCAGACUCAGACAUCCUCCUAGGAGAUCUGUUUUUCCCUCCUGGGAUUUAUCCUUGGUUUUACAGGCUCUCUGUGAACCCCCUUUCGAGCCUUUAGAAGAGGUUCUUUUAAAGGUUUUGUCCUUCAAGGUUGAUUUAUUUGGUUGCCAUCACAUAGGCUAAAAGAGUCGGUGAACUUCAGGCUCUUUCAACCUCAGAUGAAUUUACAGUAUUCCACAAGGACAAGGUUGUUCUUCACCCUAAACCUUCCUUUUUACCAAAGGUUUUGUCUUCAAAGACCGUGAAUCCACCUAUUAUUUUGCCUUCUUUUUGUAGUAAUGCCUCCUCCCCUCAGGAGCUUAAAUGGCAUAACAUGGAUGUUAGAAGAGCAUUGCAGAUUUAUCUUUCUAGAACAACGGAGUACAGAAAUUCUGAGCAUCUGUUUGUUAAAGGACCACUAUAGGCACCCAGACCACUUCAGCUCAAUGAAGUGGUCUGAGUGCCAGGUGCCUCUAGGAUUAACCCUUUCUGCUGUAAACAUAGCAGUGUUUACAAAUGGGUUAAUCCAGCCUCUAGUGGCUGUCUCAUUGACAGCUGCUAGAGGCGCUACCGCGCUUCUCACUGUGAUUUUCACAGUGAGGAGACACCAGCGUCCAUAGGAAAUGGCAUGCGCAUUCAGCUGAUGACGGCAGAAGAAGGAGAAGAUUCCCCAGCGCUGAGGGAGCCCGGCGCGGGAAAAAGGUAAGAUUUUAAGCCCUUCCUCACCCUAGAGCCCGGCGGGAGGGGGUCCUUUAACUAUGAGGGAAAAUUUAAGGGGAAAGAAGAUUCCUAUCGUAAUUCUUUGUCUCAUUGGAUCAUAGAAACUAUUAGAUUGGUAUAUUCUUCCUGUGGAUGUCAAGUUGUGGUUUCUCACAGCCCAUUCCACUCAGGCUAUGGCUACCUAAUGGGCAGAAAGGGCUCUUGCUUCUCCAGAAGACAUCUCUAAGGCAGGAUCAUGGUCUUCAUUUAACACCUUCUUCAAGCAGUAUAGGCUAGAUAUAUUCUCAUCCUCUGAAGCGGGCUUUGGGCAUAAGGUGUUGCAACCUGUAGUGGUGUAGGACCCUAUGGUGGCAGUACAGCUUUCCCUCCCUCUAAAUUAAAUAUUUUUAACUUGCAGUUUAUAUUGUCUGUGUUUUCUUGCUACUUACUGGGGUAGGUUUGCCUUAGUAGCCCUAUAUAGGGCAAAGGGGAGGGAUUUGCUCAUCUUAAUAAUCUUACAGGUGCUUGUCCCAGGGGGAAGGGCAGACCCACAGGUACUGCCACCAUAUUAAGAAAAAAAGAAUUUACGGUAAGCAGACAUUUCAGUUUUUCAUAAAAAUAAUGAAAAACUCAUGUAAGUUCAUAGAACCUGAUUGGUUUGAGGCUCCUUUUGAGAUUAAAGAAGGGUGGUGUGCAAGAGUGGUUUGAAUGUCAGGACAGAAAAGAGGAGAGCCUGUGAAUCACUGGGGAGUAUCCUUUUUUGAAAAAUUAUCUUUUAGUCACAACUUUAGGAUGUGUCAUUCAUUACAUUCUAACUAUACUAGGCUUUAACGCCACUAGGAUGUAAUAACACGAUCUAACGUGUUGGUAUGAGCAGGAUUGCAUCAAAUGAUAGUUGGGACUCCUCUCUGUCAGCUUGGGACCAUUACUAGUGGCCCUAGACUGUCCGAAGAGCUGUAAGCAGAGCUGAAAGUGGGGAGAUUUAAAUCUGCAUUGACUGCAAUGUGGCAUGAGAAGAGUAAAAUCCCUUCUCACACCAGGUGACCCAGAUAUCAGUUGAUCGAUGGAGCGCAGCUACAAUCAUUUAAAUGCCAAUUGCUUCAACAUAUUUUUUUUCCCCUGUUCACACCAGAAAGACCCAGUAUCAGUUAAUACCUUGGGCUCUUCUCCAUCAGCUGGACCCAGAUUUAGUGGCCCUAGACUGACGAACUGUAUCCAUCGUUCAAAGGGAGUGCUGCAUUUUACCUUUUUAAAUCCAUUGAGAACACCUUGCACUCAGCCGCAGUUCUUACACCGGGUUUCCCUCCACCAAGCUGAUCCUGGCUUUGCCAGCUGCCCAGCACAUAUCAGAAUAAUCAGCUGGGAAAGCAUGUUUGAUUUUUGUAUUACAGAAAAGCAAGUCAUGGUGGCAACAUACAUCCAGUACUGAUAUUAGCAGAGUAUUUCCUUACAGUUAAAUGGACACUCCACUAUCCGAAUACAAAAUAAAUCAAUACUUAGUAGAUAUACCCCAAUGAAAACAUUAAUUAAUUUACAUUAUGGAUAUUUCUAAAACUGCUUGAAAACCUGCAAAUCAUGCGUCUGCAGCAUUUUUAGCCCUCCUCUUUUAACCCCACCCAGACUUUCUGUAGCUAUCCAAUCAGACUUCCUAAUACAGCUCAGUGGGAAGUCUUUGCAUGCAGGUGCUCUGGAAAAUUGCUGCCUCUUAAAUUUAGUCCCACUGAGGUAACCAAACCAGGAAGUAAUAGAGGUCCUUGAAAGGAGAAUGUAACCAGCUGAAUUUAUAAAAAUGCAAUUUUUAUUGAAAUCUGUGCUUUUUGUAAAAUUAAAAAAAGAACAAAUUCUUCACACACAAAGAAUCUCAGCAAGGUAAAGUGCUUUAGGGGUCUGGAGUGUCCCGUUAAGGUUACUGAUGUUUUAAGGUAAGAGAUGGUGUAGCUAGGUAUAUGUUUAGCAUUGGUGUAAGCAUAGAGUUUGGGUUAGUAUAGCAUUGGAGUUUACUACAAAAACUUAAUUUAGAUUCUAGACAUAUGAAGAUUACGAAAGAGUUUACACUUAUACAGACAAAAUGAGAGUGGGCAGGAGGACCUUUCUAGCACAUUGUGUAUAUAAUAGGAAAUGUUUAUCUGGAACAAGGAGAAGCAGAAACGUCUUUGUGUUAGGACAGUAAGACUGCUGAAGGGACUGUCUAAGCAAAUUUAUUAGGAAUACAAUUUGGGAUUAUUCUAAAAUUUAGUGACCGAAUAAUCUAAAUUUUAUUAAAGACAGGAGGGGAAUAUGUGCUUAUCUUUCUUUACUGAAACUCCCAGCAGCAAAGAAAUAGUUAACAAUCAGUGUAAAAAAGUUUAACCAAUCAGCAUGCAUCAUAGUAAUAUAAACUGCCAUCAGGCUCCUCCCUUCUUUCUUGAUGCAGCCGAAUAGCUGUAGAGUCAACCAUGUAAACGAAAAACAAGAGGACGAGGAGUAGAUAAUGAUGUAAGAUCAAGUAGGAGGAAAACCGUGCUCAACUGGUGGAGGAAACUUUAAACAGGGAUGACAAAAAAUCUUCACACUAGAAGGAAAGAGAGAAACAUCGUGCAAGUAUGGUCUCUUGGGCAAGAGAAAACCAAACUAAAAAUGCAAUGAAACUAAUGUUCAAAUUGAAGGCAAGAAAUACAAAGUUACAAAUCAAAUGACAAGUAUAGGUUAAACAAGGAGGACAAGCCAAGAGAACAGUAGCCACCUAUUUAGAAAUGGAGGUACUUACCGAGAAGGGUGGGUAAAAGUAUUUCAUUGUGGGAAAAUAUUCGCCUCCUGUCUUUAAUAAAAUUUAGAUUAUUCGGUCACUAAAUGUUAGAAUAAUCCCAAAUUGUAUGGCAAGACAGGAGGCUUCAUAUUUGCUGUUUUAACGCGUAGAUAGCAUGGAUAGAGAAACAGGUGGAGAUUGCAUAAAAAAAGUACAGAAAGUAGACUUGCUGGACCAAUCAGCGGAGGAUAAAAUCUUCACCAUGGAGCCUCCAGCCAUAAAUACGGAAGAAGCGGUAGCGCCUCUAACUCGAGUGAGCCACAAAAGAUGCAUCAAUGCCAGCUAGAGCUAGAAGCCAUGUAAUCCACCGAGCAAUAGUAGGGCAGGACACUGGCCUGUGUGGUUGUACAUUAGACACAAUGAGGGGCCCAGUAGGUACUCUAAGAGGGGUAGUGCAAGAUAUGUAGUGUCUUAUGCAAUGGGCAGCACAGAGGAGGGGCUUCUCCGGAAAAGAAGGGUAACUUACUGUAGAUUAAUUGGUCUUGGUGCGUCUAGUGAUGUGGACGUUCACCUCCUCAAGAGUGAAAUGGAGGACAUGAAAGUCAAAAGCCCUGAUGUCGGAGACUCUCCGGAAAGAGACCAAACAGAGAAGAAGUGCUAAUUUGGCUUACAGCUGGCAUAGAGAGAGCGCCUCAUUGUCUGGCCAAGAUUCUAAGAAUGUUAGAAUGAGAGCCACAUCCCAGAAUUGACUAUAUCUAGGAGCUGGAUGCCUUGUGAUGCGGACGAGUCUACACAGAGAAGGAUGUUUGCCUACUGAGGAAUUGUCAAUAGGAACAUGAGCUGCAGGAAUGGCAGAUUGAAAACACGUUAAUAGACUGGUAGGAUUUGCCCUGAUCGAAAAGAAACAACAGGAACUUGAUAAUGUUAGUUAGAGAGUUGAAAAGGAAUCAAUGUCCCUUUCCAAACACCAGUAACUCCAGGGACGCCAUGCAUAGAGGUAAGAGCGUCUAGUUCCAGGGGCCCAUGAGUCCCAAUGGAGUCCCUGAGCAGUAGCCGGAAGGCCUGAGACCUACCAGGAUCCCCUGAAAUGGUCCAAGCUAAGGAUCGACCGAUUAUCGGUUUUACUGAUAUUUGGUAUUUUUGGCAAUAUCGGUAUUGGCCAAUUCAGAUACCGAUAUUGCCGAUAAUAUAUAACAGGACCGCCGGGCUCAUUACAAGCCCAGUGGUCCUGUGGGGGGCCAGCGGCAAGCGCUGACUUACCUUGCAAGCAGCUCCUGCAGCUCCCUGUGUAAAUCCAUGGCAACGCUCAGCGCGACACUAAGAGCCGCGAGAUUUACACAGGGAGCUGGAGAAGCUGCUUGCAAGGUAAGUCAGCGCUUGCUGCUGGCCCCCCACAGUACUUAACAAGCCACCGGACCACCAGGGAAUACUAUAUCCCCCCUCCCUGGUAAGAAGCAGGGAGGGUGGGACUAAUCAAACAAACAAAAAACAUUUAAAUAUAUUUAAAAAAAUAAUUAAAAUAAAAUAAAUCCCCCCCCCCCAUUUUACACAAAUCGCUACACACACACACUACACAAACACACACUGCAUUACAUACACACACUACACAAACACACUGCAUUACAUACACACUGCAUUACACACACACACACACACACUCACACACUACACAAACACACGCUGCAUUACAUACACACACUACACAAACACACUGCAUUAUAUACACACUACACACACACACUGCAUUACAUACACACACUACACAAACACACACUGCAUUCACUAUACACACUACACAAACACACACUCUGCAUCCACUACACAAACACACACAGCUCCCUUGUCUAAACACACUUCAUCCACUACAUGUGGCAUGUAUAUUUUGAGCAUUUACCUUGCGAAUUAGUUUAUUUUUUCAAAAUGGUAAAUGUACAGAAUAUCGGCAAGUUAUCGGCUAUCGGCCUGAAAGUUCACAGAUUAUCGGUACCGGCUCUAAAAAAUCAAUAUUGGUUGAUCCCUAGUCCAAGCCACUAGUCAGAGAUGAUCCUGAAGUGCCAACGGGUGAAAGUUGCCUGCCGGGUCCCUGAAGAGAUCGCAGGAGAUGGGUAGAAGCAGGGGAAAUUCCAAUGACAUUUCCAUGGUUGGGCUAGCCGUAGGGGGGUCACCAGAGUUAUCUUCAGAAAAGCAAGUCUAAUGACUUGACUAGUGUGCUGAUCUUUGCUUCACAAUAUAUUGACUAUCCACUUGCUUCAGGUGGAAGGGGUUUUCAGUCACGAUUUUUCCCCAGUAUAACAUGUGCUUUGCAAGUAAUACCAAAAACGUAACAGCCAGUAACCACCCUCAUGCUGAUGAGUUGCAUUAACAACGCAACAGCUGUCCAUGAGUGGUUCACUGGCUUUGCAUCUCUUUCAGUUGUUUCAAAGCUGUUGUAUACGGCAAACAUAAACUCCAAGGAGUCCAUGUUCAAAAUAACAGGCGAAAAUCUGAUUCUUUGUUAAACUAAUUUGCAUAUGCCCACCAAGAAUCCCUUGCAGUAGUAACAUCACUGCAAAUUUGAGAUUUCUGUGGGAAAAGCAAGUCUUAUGGCUUUACUGGUGUGCAGAUCUGUUUUUAACAAUGUAUUGACUAUAUAUUAUAGGCCCAGAGGAAAGGGCAUGAGAAUUUAUAGGCUGACUAACCCCUCCCAUAAAUACAGGUCGAGCCUUCAUUCUAACUGUAUUUUGAUUAUAAACAGGCAGUCCCCCCAAUUACGGUCAGAGGCAAAGGAACGGUGGGAAGCAGGUGAGUGCUCAGGAUGGCAGGAACUUUCUAUGCUGGCCGGCUCCUGAUGGACAGCAUAGAAUGCCCGCCAACCUUAAUGGGUUAAAGAGGAAAUGUCACUUCCCAAGAAGAUUGUUCCUUGUUCCCUCUGUAUGUUACAUAGGCUAAAAAGAGACAUGUGUCCAUCACGUUCAGCUUUCCUUACAUUUGUUUUUUUUGUAGUUGAUCCAAAAAAACCCCAAAACAAAACAGUUUAAAGUACUUCCAGUUUUGCAACAAACUAGGAAAAAAAUUCCCUCGACCUCAGAAUGGCAGUCAGAUUUUUCCUUGGAUCAAGAAGCUAUUAUACUACAGUUGAAAAAUUAAUUUAAUAUUAUGUUUUUGCUAGUAUGCAUCUAGUUGCUGUUUAAACAUCUGUACAGACUCUAAUAAAACUACUUCUUCAGGCAGAGAAUUCCACAACCUUAUUGUUCUUACGGUAAAAAACAACUUUCCUUUACCUUAGACUAAAUCUUCUUUCUUCCAGUCUAAACGCAUGACCUCAUGUCCUAUGUAUAGUCCUGUUUGUGAAUAGAUUUCCACACAAAUGGUCUGUAUUGGCCUUGGAUAUAUUUGUAUAAUAUAUCCCCUCUGAGGCAAUGUUUUUCUAAACUAAAAAGGGUUUACAUUUGUUAACCUUUAUCAUAGCUAAUAUGUUCCAUUCCUUUUAUUAAUUUUGUAGCCCACCUCUGCACUUUUUCUAGUGCCAUAAUAUCCUUCUUUAGAACAAGUGUCUAAUAUUCCACAGCAUAUUCAAGAUGUGGUUUUACCAGUGAUUUAUAAAGAAGCAAAAUUAUAUUCUCAUCCCGAGAAUUAAUGCCCUUUUUCAUGCAUGACAAUACCUUACUCUUAGCCACUGCUGACUGACAUUGCACAUUGUUGCAUAGUUUGUUGUCUAUAACAAUUCCCAAGUCCUUUUCAUGUGUUGUUAUCCCUAAUUUGCUUCCAUUUAGGGUAUAAGUUGCUUGUGCAUUCUUUACUCCUAAGUGCAUAACUUUGCAUUUUUUUACAUUAAAUUUCACCUGCCAUUUGAGUGCCCAAUCCCCCAGUCUAUCUAAAUCCCUCUGCAGCAAAGUAAUAUCUUGCUCACGUUGUAUUACUUUACAGCAGGGCUCGACAAAUCCUAGGCGCCAGGUUGCCAUGGCGUCUAGGAAUUUUGCCUUGGCGCCUGGGAUAGCCCGUUACUUCAGAGACGGGCGGGAGGCAACUGGGGAAUUGUGGAGGUAGGCGGCAAGUUGAGGGAUUAUGGAGGCGGGCGGCAUGCUGGGGGGUCGUGCAUCUCUAUGGGGAACAUACAGCGCCUCCAUGCAGAGUGUGGAGACGCUGAAUGUAGUUGCUGCACAUUAAGCUGUAGUGGUCCUGGUGACUAUCGUGUCCUUUUAAAACUGUAUUUUUGUUGGUAAAAAUAAAGCUAUGCAAGUUUUAAAAAAAAUCUGGCUCCUAACUUUUUUUUAGCUGGCUCCUAGACUCAAAGCAAAUUUGUCAAGCCCUGCUUUACAGAGUUUUGUGUCAUUUGCAAACACUGAAACAUGACUUUCAUUGCUUUUUUCAAGAUCAUUUAUAAACAUGUUAAAUAGAAGGCAGGGCCGGCCUUAGGGGUGUGCGAACUGUGCAGUUGCACAGGGGCGCCAUGGCAGCAGGGGGCACAAUGUGGCUGACACAGCUCACACACUCCCUAGGUAAUAGGUGAGCAGGAGUGCGCAGAGCACUCCUGUAAUGUAAGAAUGCUAUAUGGACUGUGGCCGCGCUGAACAUGGGGGAGGAUUUCAUUAUCCUCCACCUAGGUGUAUUGGAUAAGGCAGGGGGCGGAGCUUCACAAACGGCGGGGCAAGUGGGCGGUGGGGGUGGAGUUACAUGCAGCCGGAACUUGUGAACUGUGGGAGAUGCAGGAAGGAGUCCUUGCUUCCCAGACAAUUAAACACCAGGGACUGCAGUGCCCCUGCUCCCCCUCAGGGACAAACAUGUAUUCUUGACCCUAUAGAUUUAAAAUUACUAUCUAGCCCCGCCUAAAUAUAGUAAAAUCUUACUUUAUUCCAGUCUACUGCUGGUUCUGCCUGCUUGGCUGACAGCAUCAGAAGUGGUAUACUCACAGAAAAGCACUGGAUUGGCUGAGACUGUCAAGAAGGCUAAACACAGCCCUGGCUGAGGAUUGAGAGACAAUGUCAAUACUGCACAGUGUGCAGCACUGCCUCAGGAAGCACCUAUAGAAGCCAUCUAAGGUGUGGCCAGUGGAGGUAUACCUAGGCUGUAAUGUAAACAUUGCAUUUUCUCUGUGUUUACUGCAUAAAGCCUGAAGGGAAUGAUUAUACUCACCAGAACAAAUAGAAUAAGCUGUUGUUGUUCUGCUGACUAUAGUGUCCCUUUAAGCGUAUCUUUUUUGGUACAUAUGUAAUACAUAUAUGUAAUACAUAUACUCAGACUACUGAGUACUACUGAGUACACACAGGCAGGGUGCAAUGUAUGUGUAUAGGGUUCAAUGAGUGUGGUUAGUGAAAAAAUUUUAUUAGCUGCUUUUUUAUAUAUAUAUAUAUAUAUAUAUAUAUAUAUAUAUAUAUAUAUAUAUAUAUAUAUAUAUAUAUAUAUAUAUAUAUAUAAAAAGCAGCUUUAUUUUUCCCACCCUUCUUACAUUUGGCGGGGAGGGGGGGAAACGACGACAUGCACUGCCUGGUGAUCCAAUGGUGAGUAGUGAACUUGAGCCUGCAGCUCCUCCAGACUUCACUCUUCUCCCACGAGCUGGCACGAAAAUGGUUAAAUGGACUUUUCAUUGUGAUAGUAUUGUUUACUAGCGUUAGUUUUCAUUUUUCGUCUGUGGCAUCUGAGGGUGGGGGCACCCUCAGGGCACUAUAGUGUCAGGAAAACCGCUUUACUUUCCUGACACUAUAGUGAUCCUUUUAGUGUGACAUUGCGAUGCGAUUUGUGCAAAUGGCACUCAAAUGGUUCAAAUGUAUUUUUUUUUCUAGAUUGGUACAUUAAAACAUCUUCACAAAGUUUGCCUUUUUUAAUUUGCAUAUUAAUCCUUUAAGUACAUCAUAGGUGUUCUCAUCCAUUGCUAAAGGGUUUAUUCACUCAUGCUGGUUGUGUCACUGUAAGAUUUAAAAGGCAUGUUCAAUAGGGUUCAGUUUUUGAUUGUGACAAUAAAAUCUUAUUUACAAAGGUUUGCUGUUUUUAAUUGUCAUAUUAAUCCAUUGAGUGCCAAAGGUGUAUCCACAACAAAUUUGUGUUAUGAGCACAUAUGGCAUUCAAAAAAUUAAAAGGGCUUAUUCACUAAAGUUGACUAUUUCAUUACACGAUAUGAAGGACUUGUUCACUAGUGUUUGUUUUCUUAAUUGGUGCCUGACUAAGGAUUUCAGUCAUAGGCGUGCACAGCCUAUUGCAUUAGGGUGUGCACCCUAAAGCACAAGCACACGCCGCAUAUAUAUAUGUAUUUAUAUAUAUAUAUGUGUAUAUAUACACACAUACACACACUGCUGUGUGUGUGUGCUGUGUGAGGGUGCUGUUAGUGUGAUGUGUGUGUGACGGUGCUGGUAGUGUGCUAUGUGGGUGAGGGUGUUUGUGUGUGCGCUUGUGAGGGUGCUGUUAAUGUACUGUGUGUGAAGGUGCUGUUUGUGUGUGAGGGUACUGGUAGUGUGCUGUGUGUGUGUUUGUUAGGGUCCUGUUUGUGUUUGUGAGGGUACUGUUAGUGUGCUGUGUGUGUUUGUGAGGGUGCUGUAUGUGUGUGUGGGUGCUGUAUGCGUGUUGGUGCUGUGUAUGUGUGUGGGUGCUGUGUGUGUCUGUGGGUGCUGUGUAUGUCUGUGUGUGCUGUAUGUGGGUGGGGUGAUUGUGGGGGUGGAGGUGGGGGUACAUUACUUGCUAUCCCCCCUCCCUUCUUACCUUUUGUAGGGAGGGGGGAUCCUUGUUGCUGCUGAUUCCAUCCCUGGUGGUCCAGUGGAGAGUGAACUCUAGCCCCACAGGGAGGCAACCCUCAUAUCUCGCGAGAGGAACCCAGCGGAGCUGCCGGCAAUAGCUCCGCCGGGUCCUCUCCUGCCUCCCUCCCUGCAUGUGGGUCAGUGGGGAGGGAGGCUGAGAGCAGAGCCGGCGCUCGGAUAGCGCCGGUUCUGCAUGAGCCGACAGGGGAGAUCCUGAGAUCUCCCCUGCCGGUCUCACUAUACAUAGGCGUGCCGCGGGGAUUAGGGUGUGCCCAGGCACACCCCGUGCGCACGCCUAUGGUUUCAGUCAAAGGCUGACCUGCAGCGGUUACAGAGCUAAACCUUUCUGUGAUGAGUAGUCUGGCUAGCUAAGCAUCAUGUGAGCUGUAAUCCCAUAAUAGAUGUCUUUUUUUGGGACAGGGACAAUUGUGGUGGCCAAAGUCUGAUCCCCAGCUAUUGCACAUCUACAACUCAUGUAAUGCUUAGCUAGCCAUAAAGGCCAAGCACCAUAGGGGGUUAGAAUUCUACAUCAAACUGUGAUUAGCUUUGUGGCCAAAAGCUGACCCCAGCUGUAACAGAGCUACAAGCAUUAUGGGAAUUACAGUACAGCAUCAAAUUAGAUUUAUUUUUAUUUUUUUAGGACCAGGGACAGUUGUUGUGGUCUAAGGCCGACCCCCAGUUUUUACACAGCAACAACACUUUUGUUGAACACCCCAUUACAAAGUCAGGAAAAGGAAGGAGGAAGCAGCGGGCAACUCUGCUCCCAGCAUCUUCUGUUAUUAAAUGUCCAGGGCCACUAAUUACUAAGGAAGAACUCAUAGCUGCCUCCUUGCGAUCAAUUCAACUAAAUGGGAAUAAACAAACAAAUUGCAUGAAUGAAUGUUGUCCAUCAUGCAACUUGCUUUUCUUUUACUUUGUUUCAAAAGGUGAUUUGCUCAUUCAUGGUUCAGAUGAAGAGACAAAUGACUCAAAAUUUUGACAUAAACAAAUCCACAUGUCUAGUCUAUACACACUGCCUACUCAGCUGUUCCAUUCAGAUUCCUAAACCCUCAAUGUGAACAUGCAUGCACACUUUAUAAGGUUAAUCACUAAAGUGCGAAUUCAAGGUGAAUUUCAAAUUUAAAGGUCAAAAAAGCCAAAUUGGUUAAAUCCUCUAAGUCAGCUAUGCUUUCACUUUAGCACUAAUUUAUGAAUGCACAAACUAGUUCAUAGCAAUAUCUCACACCGUCUUUCUACUUCCAAUUAUGAUACCACUUAUUCAACAUACCAGGCUUUCCUUGAAAAAGGAACAAAUAUUGCACCUGUAAGCUGACAUCAAUUCAUUUUCACAGCACGCAGGUUUUAAGUGUCCAGUCAGAAAUUUUCUUUGAGUGGUGAAAGACAAGUUUGACCAAUAGUCCGCUUGUAAGAAGUCCAGCACGUAGUCGAACCACUGUAAUUCUCAUAUUCACACAAAUCCAUAUAUACAUCUGACAGAGUGUUGUAGGUGAUCAUCAAAAAAGUAUAUUGUCAACAAAACUAAUUGUUAUAAUCCACAGUCUUCUAAAUAAGUAAUCGGUCCUGUUUCCAAGACUUUUCCUGGAUUUCCGCAGCAAACUUUUGAGGAAACACAUUAACUCAGAUUCUCCAAGCAAUGUAGCUCUAGACAUGCACAUCGUCACACAAAGUUAAUUGCGCCGGCACAUAAAAUAGAUUUUUCUUAUAACAAUGGAUCUGGAGUACAUAUUCUGCAUCACCAUACAUCAUUUAAAUAUCAAAGUAAAAAAAAAAACUAUUCAGCAAUCUGUGUCAGCAAUUUCCACUAACAUUUCAAUACAUUCUUCAGAAAGAAAAUAAAAGUCCUUAAAAUUUUGCAAUGGAAAACAGAAAAUUAUUCAAAAACCUGCAAACUCUUUCUUUCCCCAAGAGUUUAAAAAAAACAACAACAACAAAAAAAAGGACUGAAGAAGAGAGGUACCUUUCAUAUAUAUCCUUGACUAAAGAAGACAAAAAAAAAAAAUGACCCAAAAACAAAACCACAAGCACAAAAAUAAAAAAUAAAAAUGACAACCUCCAACAGCACAGGUUAGACAGGUCUCACAUCCGUUGCCAGCGCACAGGACUCUUUAAACAUUUUUGUUCUUUAAUAUUUUGACAUCUUAAUUCCAGCAGCAACAGCAGCUCCAAGAUGGUUGAGAAGUUGUUGUUUUGGAGGGCAGGAUAGCUAUAGUGGUGUUAUGUCCUCUGUGUGCCUGUAGUGGUGCUGUAGGAGGCUGCUGGCCCUUCUUAUGUACCAAGCAGCCCAACCUUCCCUGCUGGAGAAUAUAUUCAGGGAUUCCCUUUCUGAGCACAGGCCCCCCUGCACUUUUACUAUUAGGUUUUUUUUUCAGCCCCCCCUUCUAUGACCUCCACCCCCCCCUUUCAGAAAUUAAUUCGGAUUGUACGGUUAUUACUAGGGGGUAUUGGUUUGAAGGAGGAGAUCCAGAGGGGAAAAAAAAAAAAAAAUCCAAAACACAAGUCCUGAUCGCAGCCGGCUGGGGAGGUCCUGGGAUCUGACAGCCAAACAGAAAAGGGGGGAGAAAGGAGGAGAGAGAGGAAAAAAAAAAAAGCUUGAAAAGGUAAGCGGAGAACACAGGGCCACAACCGGAUCCUCGGACUGCAGUAAAGCCAUGAGACCGCCUGGAGGCGCUCUUACGUCGGAUACACGGAGCACUAGAGGUCGGGGAUUCUCAGGGCCCCGCUAGGCCGGAGGCAGCAUUUGCCGUCUACUCUUCUUUUAAUUUCUUCGCUAAUUUCGUAUGUGGCAGGUAAGAUCUGGGCAGAAAAUGCGCGAUACUGAUAUGCAGUGUGUAAAUACCUUAUUAUUUUUUAUAAAUAUAUAUAAUUUUAGGCCCGGUUUAUAGAGAGACCGGAAAGCAUUCCGCGAUUUUAUAUUAUUAUUUUAUUACUAACUGAAUGCUAGGACGCAGGUUAUUAGAAAUAUUAUAGUGUUUAAUAAGGAGCAAUGUUUGGAAAAUAACACAAACAUUGAAUCCAAACGCUCUGGAUGUGAUGAGUGCAGCCGCAGGCUUAUCCGGAUCACCGGCUGUCACUAACAAUUGCUAUAAAUUCAUUUAACAUUUUCAUUUAAAUCGCUAUCUUGACGCUUUCCGUCCAUUUUUAUGUAUUUAUUUAUUUUUUAUUAUUUUGCAACUGUCUGUGCCACAAAACAACAUUUUUAUUAUGUCUUUAUUUCGCGAUAAAAAAAAAAAAAGAAAAACCCUAUCUGAUCUUUUAGACGGAGAUUUAUUUAGGUGAAAAAAUAGCUUUUCUAGCGCAAAGUGCUAAAUAUUCAUGGACGUUCUGUUGGUUGCUAUGGUGAUUGCUCCAUAGUUAUCACGCUGCCCCUGAAUAGCACCCGAUGUUCGUCUUGGUAAACCUCCUUCCUGGGGUUAGAUGAGAAUCUAUUUAUCUUGUAGCUGGAUAGCAGUUUCCCACAAAUCUAUUAUGAAACAAAAAUAUCAUUAAAAUAAAAUAAUAGGCAAUAGAAUGUUUUACAAAAUGUAGAACUUAUACUAGAAUAGCAUUUGUCUUGCCUUUAAAAAUAUAUAUGGUGAACCAUGUAUAAAACAUGUUUACUUUUUUUGUUUUUUUACUGUCACUUUUCCUAUAUGUGCUGAUUUAUUUGAAUUCCAAAUAUUCCUUAGUUUGCUGCUUGUUUUUUUUCCCCUUUUUCUUCUUCUUCAAUGUACUGUCUAAAAUAAAAUGUGCUCUUUCACUGUCAGACUUUUUUUUCCCUUGUGACACAAAUCAGCUGUUUUGUUUAGUGUGUGUGUGUGUGUGUGUGUGUGUAUAUUCCUUCUGAUUGUACAUGUUCAUAGUUUUCCUCUAAUAAUAUUGGUGACGUAUGCUAUUUUGAGAUGUAAUAAAUGAUUGAUUUAAUUUGGUGUAUUAUGGAAAAGGUUGGAGUUACUGUUUUAUACUUUAGAAAAUGGUACAUGUGCAAAAAAAGUGCUGCAACUUUACAACAUUUUUUUUUUUUUUUUUUUAUACCUAUCCCCCGAAAUCUUUAUUGCGCAAUGCAUUUUGUGAUUGUACUAAAAAUGGUACUGAUGUGUUGUGCUCAGCCAUAUCAUUAUUUGUUCCCUGAAGACUUACAGGGUUAUUUACUAAAGUGAAUUUCAAAUUUUAUGACAAAAUAGCUGAAUUGGAAAAAUCAGCUAUGAUUCCAUUUGGGCUACUGUGGUCUAAAAUGUUAAAUUUACUUGAAUUUUUAUUUUAGUGAAUUAGUGAGUACUAUGUUCAUUAAUGUCUCAAAUAUGCACAGUUCUUUUUUAUUAGUAAAUAUAUUUUACUAUUUAAUGGUGUUUUACAUUUAUUUGGAAUUGGACUGUAUGUUCAUAUGUGUACUGCUAUGCCUAUUGUAUGUGCUCCCCAGGAAAUAAACAUGAAAAAAUCUUAAUGCAUCCUUAUUGGGAAAAUAUUUAAUAAAUAAUUGUAUUUUGACAUUCUGUUCAAUCUUUUAGAAAUAUUUAUUUUUAUUAACCUCUUUUCUGCCAGCUUUAUCAGCAGUAAGUUCCUAAGCAAUGUUUCUUUGACAGGUGAUUGGAUAUAAUUAAACACUGUUUGAUCACAGUUCUUCCAUCAUCUCCUCUUAAAUGUAAAAUAAUUUUGUGUUCCAGCAUAAUUUUAUAUAAACAGGAAUGGGAAAAAAAAGCUUUCUAUUUAAUUUUCUAAUCUGGUUCUCUGGUCUGUGUGGGUCUCUCUUUUUUUUUUUUUUAAUAGUAAUAUUCGAAUUGCCUGCCACACAGUCAAUAAAUGUCUAAACAUGGUAUGAGUUGGUAUAAUGCAAAAAGUGCAAUGUUGUGCUUUACCAGACCAACUGAGACUUGAAUAAAUGUGAGAUGGCUAGGUAACAUUUUAAAUGGUUUGACACAUUACCAGUGGACACCACCUAGGGACCCUAACUGCACUACCCCAUUAACAAAUACUGUAGCGGCUAUGGAGUCUAUUGAGCAUUGCUAUCUCGUACAUAAAGUUAUUUCCUAAACUGCUCUAAACACCCCAUCCCUCAUCAAGCCAUUGGAGUGUAGACUGAAAAGCUGUUUAUGCUACAGCAAAUUUUACAACAAAAAAUUAGAUCAGUUUGGUUUGUUCAGUUUGACUGAAAAUAUUUGCCAAUUUGUAGGUAUAUUAACUAUUUUUAUAGGGACACUCUAGGCACUGGAACAACUACAGCUCAAUGUAUGGCACUCUGACAGUCACUAGGGAGGAUUCCUGGAAGCGGUCCUCUCAGGAUUAUAGGGCUGACUAGAUGCUGAACACUCCUCCUAGAGAUGCAUUGGCUCAGUACUAUAUAUAUAUGAGAAAAUGCAAUUGGCGCAUGCCCACUAGCCUCUUUAUGGGGGAAGCAUUAGAUUGGCAAGAAUCAUCAGGAUUGACAAUCUCAAUCUUUGGAGGCGAGGUGCCUGAGCGUACCAUAUACACUAAAGGAAUAAAGAGGACCCUAUAAUCCAAAAAGCAUAAAAUUCUAGCAUUAGGAAAAUGUCUGUAUUCCUAAUGCUACAGUAUACUUUUGAGGAAGGAGGCAAUUCUCCAACUUCUGAACCAAAAUAAAACCUGAAAUUUGUCAUAUGUUUGUUUCAUUGUAAUUGAAAAGUUAAAGGAACUGUAUCUGCACCAUAACCACUAAAUAAAAAAAGUUGUUAUGGUGCUUAGAGGUUCCUGCAGCUUUCUUACCUGAAGGGGUUAAACCAUUCUCGAACAGUUGAACAAAAGAUUGCAAGAAUCUCCCUGUCCCCAUCUGUAUCCAAUUUCUUAAUUGCAGAUACGGGAAGCACGGAGUGCCACAGGAAAAAGGCUCUGUUGAUUGGCUUAUAGUGGUCAGCUAUGGCUCUAAGCUAUUCAUUGGCACUACUCUAAGCCAAUCAGGAUGCUCUAAGCCAGGCAUAGGCAACCUUCGGCACUGCAGAUGUUUUGGACUACACCUGCUGUGGCAAACCUAGCCACUUGAACAUUAUGUUGUACUAUCUCUUUAAGGGUUGCCGGUAUGGGGUUCCGUUUGUGUGUUAGAGCGUGUACUGUAAUGCAAUGUUAAUACUGUAUUGCCUGCCUGGGCUAUCUGCCGACCGCAGAUAGCUAAUUCCUUUCGUUUCACGAACGGCACCUUUGCGGGCUGUUCGGGAAACGAACAACAUAUCAUUUUAUAGCCCACACACUUAGAGGCGUGUGGCGCCUGUUAACCGAUUGCAACAAUGUUGCAAUCGGUGAUUAUAGGCUCUCCUGGGUGGCCGUCGUUCGACUACCGACCAUGCGGCGGGCGGCCAUCUUGGAUCCUUUGUUCCCUCAGCGGUGUUUAGUCGUCAAGCGCGUGGAACUAAAAACGGCUACUCGACGGCGCGAACACCGCUGAGCCUCCAGACCGUUCGGGGGGUCCGGGACAUUCGGUUUCACUAUAUGUAAUCGACAUUUUAAGGCUAUGUGUUAGUGAAUGUGUUUUUCGUGUGGCGUUCGGUUAUUUUAGCUGGGAUCUGAGCGGUAAUCUCAUGAAUGAUGCGCUCAGACCCCAGCUAUCUACCGAACGUCCAUUCGUUUAAAUGAACCAGAUAUUCAUGGAAUUAUUGAAUUUAAUGUGAAAUGUAAGCUCUGCUGCACGGAGGGAUAAUCCACUUAACGGUAUAUUCCAGUGGGAGGAUCCCUCUCGUGCAGCAGUGCCUGAUGGGAAACAUGUCUUGUUUUGUAAGUCCCCCAUGUAGUCCCCUCUGGGAAUGUCCCUGGGAGGGGACUCAGGAAACCCCUUGCAUGGGACUUGUAUAAAUUGUGGAGCUGAAUUAAAAGACCUCAGUUGACUCCCAGCCUAUGUGUCGUCUAGUUUUUGGGAAGGAAGGGUUACUGCAGUGCUGUCUGGAUUAUUGUAUGCUGAUUCCCUGGAUUAUCCUUUGUUGUUCCUGUUAUCCAGCGGAGAUAUUGUGGAUUAUACUGCCUUUCCGCUACACCUGCCAUGAUGCUUUGCCAGCAUUAUGGGUGUAAGAGCAUUAUGGGGGAUGUAGUCCACAACAUCUGGAGUGCCGAAGGUUGCUUACCCUUGCUCUAAGCCAAUCUGCGUGGAAGAAACUGGAUGCAGCUGGGGAGUGGGCGAACCAACGCUGGAAAGCAACCUUUUGGUAGUAAACGCUAACAAUAUGCUUAUACUAAUUCUAACUGUACACCUGCCUUAACUCUACUCUACCCCUAUCCCUAAAACCGUAUUAAAGGGGUAACUCAAACCCUUUUAAAAUAAAUGCAUUUUUUUAAGUAACAGUGCCCUAUUGGGCAUUAGCUAUUAUUAUCCUUACAAAAUAAGAAUAAACUUACCCGGAAUCCAGCAACUUGUCAUGGGGAAAAAAACAGUACCAUCUAUUUGUUUUGCUUGCAAAAAAUAGAUUUGGAGAAAAACCUAAUUUUUUUUUUUUUUUUUUUUUCUCCCAUCUGUCUCUCAAUUCCUCUGCAGAUAUUGAAUGCUGGGGAAUUGACAGGGAGAGCAGAAGAUACGUCAUAUGGGUGGUCCCUCUGCUCUCCACCCAUAGCAACCACAGCACAUGCACUAUGGUUGCUGUGGUAACUCCCUAGCUGGUGUUCCUAGUGCUAGCUAGGGAGUGUAGGAACGGAGUGGCGUGACAUCACUCUAUUAAGACACUGGCAUGCCGGCAAAGACGUCAGAGUGUCGGUGUCAUGGAGGAGGAUUGCUCUGCUUGGAGAAAUGUCCCCAAGCUGUGCAAAUCGGUACAAAACAGGGGGGUAGGGAGAAUGGACUCGAGGUGGGUGUGGCAGAAGUGUAACACCCACCUCUUUAAUGAAAUCGCUGCAGGAGAGCGGAGAAUGGUGGAACAUAUAAGCCAGCAUUUAUUUAUUUUUGUGUACCUGUCAUGGUUCAGCUAAAUACAUAACCGCUCUAAAAGCAAAAAAAAAUUGUAAUUUUAUCAUAAAGAUAAAAUACAUAUGUAAUUGCUUUAGUAACUGUUAUUGUCUUGAUGACCUCCUCUCUAGUAUGCCUGCAUCACCACAAAAGUCAUAGCAGCUUGAUGGGAUGGGUUGGUGCUAUAGAAGGAGAUGUUGCAUUUUAACCAGUGACCCAGAUGUGCAAAGGAAGGGUAUUUAAAAAUGAUGGUUUCUGUCGAAGACCUUGUACACCUCUGAAUGUUGCUGACUUCUUAUUUUGCAUUAUGAAAGUAUUGGAGAAAUUAUAUGAACCACUCAGAAUCUAGAGCAAUACAGUGGUGUGUACUCGGGUAGAUAGGCCUGUUUGGGAGAUCAUUUGAACAUGUGGACAUUGGAAAAGAUCAAUAGCCUGACAUGCCUCUUCCUUUUCUGCUCUUUGUUAUUAAAAUGGGCUUCGCCAGUGGAUUUUAUUACACUGUUUUGUUUUUGUGUUUGAUACUUUGAUCUCCCUGUAACGGAUGUUCCCUGUAUCCUGACUGGGUAUCUCUGCCAAAGGACCACUUCCUAGUUGGAACAGGGGAAAAACUGCAGCAUUUCUGCCCACAGUCGCCAUGGCUUGACUGGGGCCCUGGAACCGCUCCUUCCUGGAGCCAAAUAGGGAAUUAGCUCAAGUCCUUACAAGGACUUUCCCUAUUGAAUCCCCUGCAAGCUGGAACAGCAGACACAGAAGUGUGGCGAAAGUGACCUUGCCACUGGUUUUUGGAGGGGCCUGUUUGCCAGCCUCCUGCCCUGCGACUAUGUCCCUGGGAUGUAUUGCCCUUUACGGAACUGAUUUGGGCAUACUGUAUUUUAUUAUGCUGCUGCUGGCUCUUUAAGAACCAUCUGGGGACAUACUGUGGAGUUACUGGGUGGCCACCAUUUCAUGUAUCAGAGGCACAUGGUGAGAACAAUGGAUGAAGCACAUGGUGAGAACAAUGUAUGGCGGCCAUUUUAACUCACAGACACUGUUGUGACUUUUCUACACUGUGCCAUCUCGCCGGUAUUUGGUGCACAAAGACAUUGUUCAGUAGUUUUUUAAACUACAGAACAGGGGACACAUUUAACAGUAAUUAUUUUUCAUAUAGCCUGUAUUUGUUCUGCGGAAUCUGCAUUGAACUGUAUCUUCAAACUACUGAACGGAUCUGGGUGAAUUUUGGACAUGUGGUUCACCCUGAUCCUCGGUUCCGAGGAUAUAUUUUUCAUGGGGUUAUUGCAUGUUUUGGGGUCCCUGUGAUAUGUUUUAUAAUACUGUAUUUUCCUGCCUGUGAUAAUUAAGUUAGUCUAUUGUGUUGAGGUAAUUGUAUCCCAGGCAGAGGGGAGGAUUUCUGAUGUAAUGAAUGGGAGUGUUAGCUGUUUUGUAAUGUGUUGAUUGGUUGUGCUUUAAAAACCCUGUGGGCAGUACUAUGUUUGUAGAAUGUGAAUAAAAGAGGCUGUAUGUGCCGGUACGGAGAGUUCUUCUUCACCCUCAAUCUAGAGUCCUUGUUGCUACUUCACUCUCUUGGAGGAGAGGUUCGACCGACCGUGCACAUGGUCCAAUGCCCAAAACAGUUCCAGGGAAAUCAGUGCUAACAGUCGGUCAAGUUUGGUAGUCUUUUACAGGUUUCCCUGCAGGGCCCAUAGUCUAUGGGCAGGAGGCUGACAAGCAGGCUUCUCCAAAAGCUUGUGGCAAACUCUGGUAAAAAGGGGAGUUUGCCACACUCCCCAAUUGGACUUUGUCCAUCAGGCAAUUGCCUCCUGGUUCCUAUAUUCCACCAGUAAGUACAAAACACGCUUGAUGAAGGAAUAACGCCGGACCAUCUUUUACUCCAACCCUUUCCCAACUGUGGCACUAUGCAGGGAGUACUUCAAACGUUUUAACAAACAGCCUGCAUCCUCACUUUAUAGAGGAGAGCGAUCCUUAGGAUCACUUUAUAUGUAGUACAGGGAAACUCAAAAAAUAAAUGUUAAAAGGCCACUAUAGUCACCAGUGCAACUACAUGUAUUCCUGUCCCUAUCGUGUUACCACCAACUAGGCCCCUCAUGCCUCCAUAAAUCUAGUAAAAAUCUUACUGUAUUCAAGCCAGAAGCUGUAACUCUGCAUGCUGUUUGCCUAAAAAAAAAAAAAAAAGUCCCCAUAGGAUUGGCUGAGACUGACAAAGAGGCAGAUCAGGGGCAGAGACAGCAUGAUUCAAACACAACCCUGGCCAAUCAGCAUCUCCUCAUAGAGAUGAAUUGAAUCAAUGAAUCUCUAUGAGGAAAGUUCAGUGUCUGCAUGCAGAGGGAGGAGACCCAGUGCUGCCCUGUGCUCUGCUGACAGCAGAUCUGAGUGGAUUGAGGAGUUUUAUGCUUCAAUCAACUCGGAAAUCCCUCUGGUGGCAUUCUGAGUGACUGCAACUGGAGAUGUUCCUAGCUUUCAAUGUAAAUCCUGUAUUUUCUCAGAAAAUACAGUGUUUACAUCAGGCUGCAGGGAGUUAUAGUUCUAACCUGAACAACCUAAUAAUGUAUUUGUCCUGCCAUCCUAUUUUGUUCUGUAAUGUCCCAUCUCUGAGGAUAUCGAGAACAAGGGCGUACCUGGAGCAUUUGGCACCCCUCUGCCCCCAUUUUAAAAUGUAAAAAACACCCACUGUUGUAGAGCCCUAGUCCUAGCAGGGACUCCCUUCUGCUGGUACACCAAAAUACAGUCAGGAAAAUACAGGGGCUUCAAUCCCAAGGUCCUUUUGUGCCUGAGAGAUAAUGGCCUGAUAAGUUGCCUCUAACUUAAUUAUCUCUCCGGCAAAAAAUCCACAAAAUAUCCUGUCCCCCAACCUAGGAACCCCACACAAAGCACAUUCCCAGAUAGCCCUGAUCUGAGUGACCAACAUAUCCAAGAGUCACUCAGAUCGGUUCGGUAGAAAGGGAAUGGCAUUGUGGUGGUGUUUUGACCGGCCAGGCAUAAGGUGUUAGCCCAAAAUAGUUCCAGAGGAUUGUCCUGGCCGGUCUCCGUUUGUGGGGUUCCCAUGUGAAAACCAUACAAGAGAAUUGCUCGCUUUCAGGAUACGAAUGCUCCCCCUGUUCGGUACUUUAUAGCUCCCGAACGCUGUUCAUGUAGGUGGUUGGGAACAGGAACGAGCAGCGAUCAUAAGUUUACCGGUGUUUGCGCGUGCCUGGCCAAAAAGUUACAGGCACUCGACAACCAAGUACCGCUGCCCUCGUUCGGGAGAGAAGAUGGCCGCUAUUCUUUUAGCCAUGUGUUUGGUUAUAUGAAAUGGCGGCCACCCAUGAGAAGCACUCAUUAAUUGUUUCCCUUGUGGUUUUUCACACAAGUGGUUGGUGUGAAUGGGGCACAUGGGUGGUCCUCGUUCGGUAGACGAAUGGGUUCCAUUUGUAUGAAGUCUCCCGAACCGACAAAGCAGAACCACACGAAAUAACAAAGGUAAAAACCUAGUACUGUAAUAGAGGGCAGUGGGUGUAUGGACAGCCAAUAAAGGGAAUAAAAGUAGUUUUGUGAGGAUCCAUUCUGCUGCACCCACAUAUUUGUUUUUUAAGUGUUUUUAGCAUUGAGCAGUGUUUGUGUUUGAAUGUAAGCAUGUUUUUGUAUGAAGUAUGUGAGAGUGAGUGUAGGUGUGUUUGCAUGUAGUGUUGGCAUUUGAAUGCAGGCGUGCAUUUGUUGUUUUUUUGAAUAUGUGGUGUGUUUUUAUGUAGUGUUGAUAUUUGGAUGCAGGGGUGUAUUUGUGUGUAGUGUUUGCGAAAUGCUGAGAUGUAUGCAAAUAUACACACUCAAAUAUACACACACUGGCACACAUGCAGAUACAUAGACACACAGGUGUGUGUGUGUGUGUAAUGAGUGUAUAGUAAGCAGUGUGUAUUGUUUGUGUGUAUGUUCCCUCUCUGACUCCUACCUGUGUCCAGGGAGGGGGGACACACUACAUUCCCUGGGUCACUGAAUCGUACAUUACACCGGUGGCACAGUAUGGUUGCCCAGUGAAGAGGGGCCCAGGAGUCUCCACAUCCAGCUGCAGCAUGUCCUCUGUUCUUGCAUUGAGCGAGAGCAUUGCUGCGGGUUGCCAUGGCAACUCUCCGGCAUCCAUUGCGUGCGGAGCGUUGCCAUAGCAGCGAGUGGCAACACUCUCUUGCGGAUCCCGAGAACAGAGGACAUGCUGCUGCUGGAUGGGAAGCAAACGUGGAGACUUCUGCAAUUGGCAUGAAAGUGCGCUCUGGGCACCCCUAUAGUGAGUGACACCUGGGGUGGACCGCCCUCCCCUUAGUACGCCACUGACCGAGAAACUGUCCCCAGUGAGCACAGCUUGGGUAUAUCAGUUGACCUGCUCAUACUGUGCUGAGAAAACCAGGGCUAUCUAUGCAGAAAGUGCUUCAGCAGCAUCUUCUGCAUGUUCUGACUGGCGGUCAGUCAACCUAACAUGAGUCAUUUUGGGUGUUGGGGGCAUACCCCCAAAGGCAAACCCAUCUUUGUAUAUCUUCCAAAGUUAGAUAGAAGAAUGGAAGGAAGUGGUCCUUUGGCAGAGGUACUAUAAUAUAGUACUGAUAUUGUAAUUUUAAUAUUAGAGGUAAUAAAAGGGUGGGGAGGUUGACAUAAAAUGUUUUACAAAAAAACAAAUAGUGACUUCACACAGGGCUUCCUAGCCCUAUGACCUAUAUUUCAAAUUGUAAGAUACAAAUUAUGGCAUUAACUAUAGUAUUAAUACUCUAAACAUAUUGAAAACACGAGCGAGCUUUGACUCGCUUUCUAAAUUAGCUGUUGCUUAAAUGUUGUAAUUUGGAUUGCAAAUUUGUUACUUACUGGAUAAGAUUCAAUGUAUUUUAUGCCACAACUAUCUGUAUAUUCUGUGUCUUAGUAAUUAUGGCUCUGUGUUUAGUGGAUGACCCCUGCAAAUACUUCAAGGUCAGCCCUACAACUUUACUUUUUAAAAAGUCUUGAUUUGCUAGUUUUAAGGUUCAGUUAUGUGCUACAUACAAGCUUUUUUUUUUUUUUUUUGAAAACUUUAUAAAAUACUGUGUAAAAGCUCUUUACAUUUAGCCCCUUAGUUAAAGAACAAGCAAAUCUAUCUGCAUACAUUAGUGAAAGCAGAUAAUGCUCCGAGGUCUUUCUACUGUGUCCUAGAUGUGGAGAAGCUAUUUAUAUCCACUGUUUGGUCCUUCACCAUAGAUGUGUUUGUGUUUGUCCUAGCAACCAGCCCAUCUGCUAUAUCACUCCAGGACCAUUUUACUCAGCAACUAAAUGAAUAGAACGUGGCCUGGGGCAACCUUGGAUCCAAGGGAUCAGGACAAUUAUCUUUACCUUGCAUAUGUCAAUGUAGAUUUCCAUAAGGGCAACAAACCCCAUAUAUCUAUUAAUUUCUUUAAUCCAGAGGGGCUGAGGGUCAAACUGGACCCAUGAUUUACGUUUAUUUAACAUUUUUGUUUUUAAAUGCAAAUUAAUCAAAUUUUUAUUUUUUUUAUAUGCUGUCAUGAAAUGCGUUCAGGACUAAUAUUAGUAGUGGAAGGUUUUUUGUACUAGAACCAUGGUAUAUUCAUUUAGCUUUCCUUCUAAACACAGAUUGCAUUGUCCUUUGUUGUAGUGAUGGGAACUGAUAGCUCAGGGACUAUUGAUUGUUACCUUGGCAACGUGUGAGUGUGUUUGGGUUUUUUUUUUUAUUUUUUUUUAUUUUUUUUCAUUCCUCUCCACCAUCUGUUCAUACGGAAUCAUUACAUCUGCAAUUUGUUGAAACAAAAGAGAUAAUUACCUCAUGCAUAAAACCAAGUCUUAAAAUUAUCAAUGCUGAGUCCUGGUGAAAUGACCUUUAGUGAACCUGUUAUCAGCUGUGUCAAGCUGUCAAUGAUUUUAUCUGGCCAAUGGAAAUCCUAUCAAUCAUUAUUGUGCUUCGAAACCUGAAUCAUAAGCGUCAAUUAUAACUAACCCUAGCCAGCAUUGUUUUUUUUGUUUUAAGUCAAGACACAUGAUAAAUGUUAUUUUUAUCACUUUACAAGUCUUGUGUACUUUGAAUAGUAUCCUUUUCUCUCAUGCUUAGACAGUCUUCCUGAUUAGCUUCUCAUUAUGUUUUUGUUGACUUGAACACGACUGAAUGCCGCUCAUAUAAUUUUUUUUUUUUUUUCUCUCACUAGACGUACAUAUGAUCUCAACCCUUUUUUAAUAAAUGCAGUCAGAGGUGCUUAACUCACAGUGUCAGGAAUUGGCUAGUAUUAUAUUCUACCUAGACCAAAAUAGCAUUUAAUCUGUGUUUGCUAUGAACUGAACUGGGAUCUGUGGAGAUUUGCUCAUUUUAGGACAAAAGAGCAGAACUGAAAAUAAAAAUUGUGUUCAGCUAUAUUUCCAGCUCCACACUUUUUGACAAAAAUUUUAAUUUCCACGAUUCCACAAUUUCUGGUUUUGUUAAAAAUUCUGUUACUUUUAUAGGAACAUCCACCACAGCAUAACCAUUUUUAAGCUCAUUCACAUAUUUAUGGAGGAGGAAAUGUCUGAUCGCAGUUGGCAACACUUUAGACCCAAUGUUGGAGCUUUGGCGCCUUUGCCUCCCAGCUUUCUUACUUUCUGAGCCGCAGUAUGAGUAAGCGUUAGCUGGGCAGCCGGUAAUAUGCUGGGAGUGUUGGCUAGGAGUGGUCACCUGGCUUACCUUUAUUCAUACUGUGAGGCAGAGGGGAAAAAAGAAGAGAGGUAGCGGUGCCAGUCUCUCAUCUUCGGGAUUAAAUUGUUGCUAAGCAAUUUAACCCCCAAAGAUAAGAAGGCGUAUUGACUCUUCUGUUCCCAUAACCACUUCUUCUAAAUAAAAAUAUAACUGUACAUCUUUAAGGAUGUAAGCAAAGGUGGCUAAUGAUAACAAUUAAUAAAAUGAAUUUUUCCCCAUGUAAGACAUUGUGUAGACUGCAUGAUUUAUAUUCUUUAGUGUUGCAUUGGUUAAACAAGGUUCUAUAAACUAUUUUACUCCUAUUCUUUAACUUUAAUCAAGUCUCUUUGUUCUUUUGUAAAAUUCAAUGUUUUGCUUUAUUGUGAUAAUGCAACUUGAUCGGUUACUUGGUUCAAAAAUAUUUUCAUGAUAUUUAGGAGCCAUUGCUCCAAAAAGUUAGGAGCCAAAGAAACUUUCACUACUCAUCACACACAAAUUAACUUUUCGCCUUAUAUAGAGACAAAAACAUAGUAGUGCAUUCAGUGGAAAAAAAAUAAUUUGCACCCAAAGUCAUAGGCAUGUAAUGCUCUCCUGAAUAUAUGUAUAUAGUCUCGUAGUCUUAGGAAAUUCAAGUAUUUUGUGUUUUACUCUAGUGAAGGAAUUCACUUUAGUUUUAGUAUACUGGUAAUACCUCAGUUCCGUAUGUUACGUCCGAGUUGUACAUGCUAAUAUAGUGCUGUUUGGUCUCAUUGUAACACUUUUUCCCCUUUUUUAUUUUAUUUUUUUCCUAGGGAAUUCUGGUCAUCAGUCACUUACAUAAGUGGCCUUCUAGAAUCUCCCUCUACACUGUCAUGGUGUACCAAGUUUAAAAUCAGGUAAGGGUUGUGUAGGUCACAAGUCCUUCAAUGCAAUAGGAUCUUAUUAUGCAUUGGACUAAAUAAGGCCCUCAAGUCAAUUGUUUUCACACAAUGGAACAACUGUUACCUAUAUGUUGUCUUGCUUAUUUCCCCAGCUGAUGUUCACAAGGAACAGAGUCACGUGAUGUAUGAAGGCAAACACAUACACUUCUCUGAGGUUGACAACAAACCCCUGUGCUCCUACAGCCCCAAACUCUGCAAGCAGCGAAGACUCAACGGCUACGCAUUCUGUAUUCGCCACGUUCUUGAGGACAAGACCGCCCCCUUCAAACAAUGUGAAUAUGUGGCCAAAUACAACAGCCAACGUUGCACCAACCCGAUCCCCAAAUCAGAGGACCGAAGGUAGGUGAGGCUCAGUCAAGCAAGAGCAUAAAAUAAAAUUGAAUAAUGCUACAUAUAACAAUCUCUUUUGAAGGGCUCAAACACUGAGCCAAAGUUUCAGUGAAGAAAAAGAAAAAAGUAUUUGAUCCCCUGCUGAUUUUGAACAUUUGACCUCUGACAAAGAAGUGAUCAGUCUAUAAUUUUAAUGGUAGUUGUAUUUUAACAGUGAGAGACAGAAUAACAAACAGAAAAACACAUGUCAAAAAAGUUAUAAAUUGAUUUGCAUGUCAAAGAGUGAAAUAAGUAUUUGACCCCUUCGACUUAGUACUUGGUGGCAAAACUCUUGUUGGCAAUCACAGAGGUCAGACGUUUCUUGUAGUUGACCACCAAGUUUGCACACAUCUCAGGAGGGAUUUUGUCCCACUCCUCUUUGCAGAUCCUCUCCAAGUCAUUAAGGUUUCGAGGCUGAUGUUUGGCAACUCGAACCUUCAGCUCCCUCAACAGAAUUUCUAUGGGUUUAAGGUCUGGAGACUGGCUUGGCCACUCCAGGACCUUAAUGUGCUUCUUCUUGAGCCACCCCCCAAAGCAUAAUGGUUUCCACCUCCAUGUUUGACGGUGGGGAUGGUGUUCUUGGGGUCAUAGGCAGCAUUCCACCUCCUCCAAACACGGCGAGUUGAGUUGGUGCCAAAUAACUCGUAAUUUUGGUCACAUCUGACCACAACAGUUUUACCCAGCUCUCCUCUGAAUCAUUCAGAUGUUCAUUAGAAAACUUCAGACGAACCUCUACAUGUGCUUUCUUAAAUAGAGGGACCUUGCGGGCGCUGCAGGAUUUCAGUCUUUCACGGCGUAGUGUGUUACCAAUUGUUUUCUUGGUGACUAUGGUCCCAGCUGCCUUGAGAUCAUUAACAAGAUUCUCCUGUGUAGUUCUGGGCUGAUUACUCACCGUUCUCAUGAUCAUUGAAACUCUACGAGGUGAGAUCUUGCAUGGAGCACCAGACCAAGGGAGACUGACCGUUAUGUUGUGUUUCUUCCAUUUGCGAAUAUUCGCACCAACUGUUGUCACCUUCUCACCAAGCUGCUCGGCGAUGGUCUUGUAGCCCAUUCCUGCCUUGUGUAGGUCUACAAUAUUGUCCCUGACAUCCUUGGACAGCUCUUUGGUCUUGGCCAGGUUGGAGAGUUUGGAAUCUGAUUAAUUGCUUCUGUGGACAGGUGUCUUUUAUACAGGUAACAAGCUGAGAUUAGGAGCACUCCAUUUAAGAGUGCUCCUAAUCUCAGCUCGUUACCUGUAUGAAAGACACCUGGGAGCCAGAAAUCUUGCUGAUUGAUAGAGAUCAAAUAUUUAUUUCACUCAUUGACAUGCAAAUCAAUUUAUUACUUUUUUGACAUGUUUUUCUGGAUUGUUUUUAUUUUGUUGUUAUUCUGACUCUCACUGUUAAAAUACACCUACCACUAAAAUUAUACACUGACCAUUUCUUUGUCAGCUCUAAAACGUUCAAAAUCAGCAGGGGAUCAAAUACUUUUCCCCCUUACUGUAGGUUCUAUUAAAGGGGAACUGUCAAUUCCUAGGGUUUUAAAUAUGUUUUGUUAUAGUGCAUUUUUAAAUAAAAUGUAGAAAUCUACACUUUUCCCUCGAACCUGAACCGUGUGCUUCCAAUUUGGCUGCCUUUCAGUCAUUGCUGGAAGAUCUGUCCUUUGCACCUGUACAUUAGCAAAGAGUUAGAGCACAGAGAGAAAAAGAGAAACAGAACAGUUGGUGCUAAAAAAAAAAAAAAAAACAUUAACCCAAGUUAUAGGUGAUAUUGAGCAUUAUGAUGCAUGUAAUUUUAAGAGAAAUCACUGUUCCUAUUUAAGAUUGUGAAUCAAACAGUUUUAAAUAUAAAAUGUAUAUGUAAAUCACAUAUGUAUUUAAUUUGGUCUGGUCAUGGUGUGUGGACAAUCACUCUCAAAAUCCUUUUGUUUCUUUAGACCAGGGUAAAUGUAACCUCUGCCUCUCAGACAUCAGCUGGUUACUAGAACUGCUGCAUAUAUUGUCAGUUGAUUGAUAAAUGCAUGCAGCAGCUGCAUAAUUUAUAGGGAUUUAUUUGUGCAUGUAUAUGGGCCCUCUGCAAUAACACAAAUCUCUGCUUCACUGUGGAUUAGUUAAUCUCCAAAGAAUUACACUAUCCAUCGGACAUGGUGAUUUAAAAAAAAAAAAAAAUUUGACCUUUUCCUGCAUAUUUUAAGGAAUACUAUAGGGUUUAGCAUACAGUAUGCAAAUACACUUUAUUUGACUCAGGCUAUAGUGCCCAUACUUAUCAUAAUCACAUAAAGGAACGCUAUAGUGUUUGGUAUACAAACAUGUAUUCUUGUCACCAUAGCUGUAAUAACACUGUUUAGGUUGCAGGCCCCCUUGUAACCAAAGUAAAAGGUGAUUUUUACCGCCCCCGUUCUGUCUCCUUGGCUGAGAUCAUCAAAAUUAACUAUCUCAGCCAAUACAAUGCUUUCCCAUAGGAAAACAUUGGGAGGCUAUUGAGCAUGCACGGCAAAAUACUGAGCUGCGCCAAUCAGUAUCUUCACAUAGAGAUGCAUUGAAUCACUAUAUCUCGAUGAGGGGCAUUCAGCGUCUCCAUGCAGAGACACAGGAAGCACCUCAAGUUGCCGCGUGAGUAACUGACAAAAGUGGUAUCUAUGAAAAGGCAGUGUUUACAUUAAAAUUGCCUGCAUGGACCGACUAUACACACCAGAACAACUACGUUAAGAUGUAGUUGGUCUGGUGACUAUAGUCUCUUAAGUGAGUAUUGAUAUGUGUGCUACUUUUGCCUGGAAGGAACUCCUUGUAGAUAAAGUUAGUGAGUCACUGCAGUUUUAGAUCCCUUUCCGACAAGUCGAGUAAAAUGUUGUUUACACAGCCUUCAUUAGAGACUAUUAACAGUCAAGAUGUGACAAAAUAUUGGUCUUUGUGUUGGUGAGUUGCGCAUAUUCACUAUACUGUGUUUCUGGAUGACAAAAGCUUGAGUAAGGUGAUAUUACAUGCUUGCUACAUUUCCUUUGGAAAAAAUAAAUACUAAAUAUUAAUAUAUAUUGGAAGGCAUGGCCUGAAGUUGUGGGAGGGGCUAUAGACCUACUUAAGGGACUCCCCCCUUCCCUUACUUACCUUCGUUGGUCUAGAGUGACGAACAGCGUGAUACUCUCGGCCUUUUCCCUUCCGGCUUCCUGUUGUGCUAUGUCCCUUCCGGUGAGACACGGCACUUUUUCGACGUCACAUGGUGAGUACUUGGCACAUGCCAGCACCUACACGCCGGCUCCCCCAGCUCGACGGGGCGGUGAGCCAGGGGGAACAUUACUCGCUGGGCUGCACAGCACGGACGGGAACAGGCACAGAGACUCCAUUACCGUAAGGAGUCCUUGUUCCCGCCGGCCAUCAACAUUACAUAGAUUGAGGGGACGGUGGGCUGGGUUUUGUCGGGGGUAAACUACAUGGCACGGGUGGGAACAGGCCUCAGAGACUUCUUUACCGUAAGGAGUCCCUGUUUCCCGCCGGCAUUACACAGGAAAGGGGGGAGGUGGGCUGGUUGUCUGGCUAAAUCCGGUGUGCUAUUUGCACAUGUUAAAGGCGUUGCGCUGUUAUUAAAACCGCCAUUUAUCUCCACAUCCCAGUACACGUGAUUAAGACACUGGGUCGCUGGAAGUCCUCGGCUUACGCCACUUACAUCCCACACCCAGUCCAAGAGAUUAGGAGGGCUUUCAUUAAGAUGUCUAC